AUGAUCAGCGAGUUCAUACACUCCUCCCCUGGCGAGCCACCAAAACCGCAGCAGCCUCCUGGUCAAAGUAGUCGAUUGCAUUCUGGCCCUGCUGGACACAUGGUCGCUGACUGGUGGUCACAUCGAGGUCACGUGACCAACAAUCCCGUUGAUCUUGAGGUUGUUUGUGGUUUUGACCUCGAGCGUGGCGUUGAGCCCAAACUCGAGCGUUCCCGAGGCCGACCUGUUGAACAGACGUUGCAAGGACUGCUUGAAAAUCGCAGUGGAAAAUCCGUCACUCUGGAUAACCGUUCCUCCUGUGUUGUGGACCAAGCCUUCCAUUUCGGCCAAACCUAUCUGGUCGUACGAGCCCACAAAAAUGUCGACGGUGUGUCCGGCAAGAGAAGCCGUGCUGGCGAGGUCGUCGUAGAAUUUGCGGGCUUUUCUAAAGUUCUUGAGCAUGGUAGCAUCCUUUUGCAGAUCGCUAUGAGAUCUGAUUGGAUUCUUCAACGGGGUGUCGACGAUGCUACCCGGGCCGUAUGUUGCAGGGCCGCCGGUGAACAGCAUGACACGCGCUCCGGUCUUUGA